GUGGAAAAAAUAAAAAGAAGAGAUUCAAUCAUUUCACAAUUUGCUGUCAUUGUUUCGAAAUUCUGAAUCUGUAUCAUAAUGGUAGUUUCGUUAAACUUGCCUGUUCGACAGACUGAGGAUAAACGAAGACGUCGAGACGGAAAAUCACAAGCUCGCAGAGGUGGUCCAAAACCAAAGGCAAAGCCGACGCUCGUCAGUGUUCCAUCAAAAUCGCCGACAAAAGUGCCUCCGACACCUCCAGUACUUGCUCCACCAUCAGUACUGUCGAUUCCAUCUUUGCUACAAGCAGCUCACGUCAAAGAUGCUACGGCAAUGUCACCGAAUUUGCCAUAUAGAGAAGGAAAGGCGACUCGUAGAAAGGAGAGAGUGGUAGAAAAGGAGAAGGAACAGCCAAAAACCGCGACAAUUCGUAAGAAGAAACAGUCGGCAACUCAGACUGUAUCCAUUGAACAUAGGACAUCAAGCGAAAACGAUGCACCGAAAAAUUCGAAAACUUCAUCUGAAUCACAUAAAAAUGAUUCUGAUGGAUCGAAGGAACCAUCCGACAAUGCCGACGAUAAGAACAAACCAAAGUUCAAUUCGGAUUUGGCGAAGAACUUCUUCAAGCACAUGAUCGAGUCAAAAAAAGCACGGAAACGAACUGAGGAUGCUCGCGUCGACACAAUGCCAGAAUCAAGUCAGCUCAACAAGUCGGCCAGAGCUCUUCGAAACAGUAGCCAUAAGAAGCCUGAACCAGCACCGGAUUUUGAAAUUUUCAAGCCUAACGGAGAGCCGGUAUGGGUUGUCGAUGAACUUGCGCCGGGUGAAUGUGUGAACAACGAGGACGGAGUUGUGGUUAAAAAUCCAGAAUUAGCUAAAGCUAUGGCAGCAGAUAAUCUGGUACUGGAGGAAAUUGAUCUUAUAGAUAUGGUGGAGAAAUACUUGAAGUGUACCAUGCCUAGAGGCACAUUAAUUCCAGAAAAUUACAAUUUCGACGCACUUGCUCCAAUCGAUAUUUUGGAAUCAAAUUCUGAAUAUGUCAGCCCAGAGACUGUUACUUACAAUACUUUCAAGAACUUGGUGGACUUGAGCGAAGGUGCCAUAAAACGUUUCUCAAUGAAGAGGGAUGGAAUGGAUGAUAGAUCAAAACUCAGUCAAGAUAAGGCGAUUGAAACGACGGCUACUUCCACAAUGACUGUCCUUCCAAAUCUGAAAGCAUCAGAAACGUCUCAAUUGAAAACGUGCGAGUUUGGAGUCACUUUCAAUCUGAAGCAUGUUAUUUGUCUGAGUUAUGAUCGUAAGCAUCCAAUCGCAUCAAUCAGGAAGUUCCGCAAGAAAAUGGACAACACCACCACCACCAGCUCGACUGAAAAGACUACAAACUCGAAAGAUUACUGAUUUUUAUUCGUCUCGCUUUUACAAAAUGAAUCUGUCUCAUACUGAGAAA